CCUCCGGCCCUCCCCAAGCAGCCACGGCAGCCCAAGCUCCUCCCCGGCACACAGGCAGGCUCUGAACCCCACUCCAGCUGCUGCCGACUGUGCCUUUAAAUUGCUGCUUUCGGAGGGUGCAUCUGGGGGAGGUGGGAGGCAGGAAAACAUCUUCCUACCGGUCUCCCUCCUCCCUCCCCACCAAGACUCUUCAGGGUUUAGAGAGUGAUUGCUGCCCAGAGAGAGUCUUUUCCAGCUCCCGGCUGGCAGGCUAAGGCCCUCCGGAGCCCAAGGCAAGCCCAAGCAGAAGCCAGUAGGGUUAUCUGUGUCAGGAUCAUUUCCAGGGGAACAGUUCUGGCCCCUGGCAGGUAAAGACGGGCCAGAGGAGAAGAGGCAGAAGAGGAGAGAGAGCAGGCUCUUUGCGAGCAGCCCAAGUUGGAGAAAGGCUCUGUACUUUUGGCGUUCCUGCAGGGAUAUCCCCUCUCACGUUGGCAGCCAGGCUGAGAAAGGGCUUCAAGAUCCCCGCGGAAUGACAACUCUUGUUCCUGCAACCCUCUCCUUCCUUCUCCUCUGGACCCUGCCAGGGCAGGUCCUCCUCAGGGUGGCCUUGGCAAAAGAGGAAGUCAAAUCUGGAACCAAGGAGUCCCAGUCCAUGUCCCCCUCUGAUUUCCUAGACAAACUUAUGGGGAGAACAUCUGGGUAUGAUGCCAGGAUUCGACCCAAUUUUAAAGGCCCACCCGUGAACGUGACCUGCAACAUCUUCAUCAACAGUUUCGGCUCCGUCACUGAGACCACCAUGGACUACCGGGUAAAUGUCUUCUUGAGGCAACAGUGGAAUGACCCACGCCUGUCCUACCGAGAAUAUCCUGACGACUCUCUGGACCUCGAUCCCUCCAUGCUGGACUCUAUCUGGAAGCCAGACCUGUUCUUUGCCAAUGAGAAAGGGGCCAACUUCCAUGAGGUGACCACGGACAACAAGUUACUGCGCAUCUUUAAGAAUGGGAAUGUGCUCUACAGCAUCAGGUUGACCCUCAUUUUGUCCUGCCCAAUGGACCUCAAGAACUUCCCCAUGGACAUCCAGACCUGCACGAUGCAGCUGGAGAGUUUUGGCUACACCAUGAAUGACCUCGUGUUUGAGUGGCUGGAAGAUGCUCCUGCUGUCCAAGUGGCUGAGGGGCUGACUCUGCCCCAGUUUAUCUUGCGGGAUGAGAAGGAUCUAGGCUAUUGUACCAAGUACUACAACACAGGGAAAUUCACCUGCAUCGAGGUAAAGUUUCACCUGGAGCGGCAGAUGGGCUACUAUCUGAUUCAGAUGUACAUCCCCAGCCUACUCAUCGUCAUCCUGUCCUGGGUCUCCUUCUGGAUCAACAUGGAUGCUGCCCCUGCCCGUGUGGGCCUGGGCAUCACCACCGUGCUCACCAUGACCACCCAGAGCUCUGGCUCCCGGGCCUCUUUGCCUAAGGUGUCCUACGUGAAGGCAAUCGACAUCUGGAUGGCUGUGUGUCUGCUCUUUGUGUUCGCUGCCUUGCUGGAGUAUGCUGCUGUCAAUUUUGUUUCUCGUCAGCAUAAAGAAUUCAUACGACUUCGAAGAAGGCAGAGGCGCCAACGCAUGGAGGAAGAUAUCAUCCAAGAAAGUCGUUUCUAUUUCCAUGGCUAUGGCUUGGGCCACUGCCUGCAGGCAAGAGAUGGAGGUCCAAUGGAAGGUUCUGGCAUUUAUAGUCCCCAACCUCCAGCCCCUCUUCUAAGGGAAGGAGAAACCAUGCGGAAACUCUACGUGGACCGAGCCAAGAGAAUUGACACCAUCUCCCGGGCUGUCUUCCCUUUCACUUUCCUCAUCUUCAAUAUCUUCUACUGGGUUGUCUAUAAAGUGCUACGGUCAGAAGAUAUCCACCAGGCUCUGUGAAUAGGGUGGGAGCUAUAGAGUCCUGCUGCUGGCCUCCUGCUUCCUCCUGGGUGGGCUUUCUCCCUCAAUUAGACUCCAUUAGGGCUUGGACAGUUUCUUCCUGAUCUCCCACUCAGAACUUCAACUACCAGUCCCAAAGCUAUGUGGGCCUAUACUGCAUGGUGCCAAUGGCGGCUGUACUUAAAAAGAUGGCAUAUCUACCCUAGUCCAUAUUUUCUCCAUACUUUCCCAUUUCUCAUGAGACUAAGGUUUGGCCACAUUCCUGGGGCCAGGAUGACCUUAUUCUCUUGCUGGAGCCUCUCUGUUUUCCAAUACUCCAGUGGAGAAUAUUCAGAACACUGCUACUAGAUUCUGGCAUUUGUCAUCUUAAUCUGCACCACUUCUCCCCCUGCUACCUCCCAUCCAGAGCCUGGCCAUUACUCUGUCCUCUGUCCCUCCUGCUGCAGAUUCAAAUGGGGAGUUUUUCCUGUCCACAAGUACCGCCCUGUGGGGCCCAGUCAGGUUUCCGCGCAGUGAGAGGAAGGCAAAGCCACAGGUUCCCCAGCUCUUGACAAGGUUGGAACAGUCAUAGGCUGCACUGGGCUAGCGACUAUAUGGCCCAACAGAGAGGUGUUCAGCCCCAACAGAGAGGGGCUCUUGGGAAGCCCCACACUUUGUCUUUAUCCCUUUUCCUAUGGCGCUUGUCUGCUCUUUCCUGUUCACUGAGAUAUUCCUCUUGUCUGUCUCUUAGUUUUGAGGAGAGCAUUCUGAACUGACCAGGGUAGCUGGUCCAGAAAUUACUGUCAGAAUUGGGGUAGAGACUUUGGGCUCUCAAAAAGACUACCCUUCCAGGUCCACCAGAACAUUCUGGUCUCAGAAAUAUUCGUUCCGUUUCCUAAUUAACUAGCAUGGUGGCAGGGUCUGUUGGACAGCUGGGGAGUGUAAAAAGAGAAUACUUGUUCUUUAAGAAACUUACUUGAUGAUGCUAGAAAACUUUCGAGAAAAGUGAGCUCCAAGGUAGUGGAACCCAGGAGGAGUAGCAUAGAGAAACUAUUCACAGAGUGUCUUUUGCUGGCUGGGCUUUCAUUUGUUUCUUCUUUCUCUCCAAAGUCUCUAUUUUCCAGGGCCCCUGAUUUCCAACCGGUCCUUCAUCUCCUUUUGGUGAGUAAAUGGUGCCACUGCAACCUUGUUAAGGAUAGAAUGGGCUUCAAGUUUCCUGGGGAGGAACUAGGCAUGUAGAGGACCCCUAUACUAGAUCAACAUUGAUUUGACCAACAUCAGGGUAGCAGUUGUAGAAGUUAAAGAGCCAUAAUUCAGAGUUGCUUCUUCACCCUUCUUGCUCCACAAAGAGAAGCAGUUAGUAGGUGUAGAAGUCAGUUGAAGCUACCAGAAAUGCCAGAAUGGAGAGGGUUGGUGUGGAAAAGCCCACUUCAGGCCUGACAUACCACUGGGACAUGCGGAAGCAUGUGCCUGGCACACUGAGACCUUUGAAGUGACCAACUGUGAGCAACUGGAACAGGAGAGAUUAAACUAUGGAACUGACACUGGAAGAAAGAAGUGAUCAAAUGAUCUCUUAGACAUCUUGUCCUUUUCCCUGAACCUAGAAUAAUUAAGCACAUAAGUCCAAUCUCUCUCUCUGCUUCUCUCUUUCUCUCUCUCUCCUUUUCUCUCUCUCUUUCUCCUUCCCUCCCUCCCUCCAUAUGGUGAUCCAAAUUGAAAGUCAAUAAAUCCAAUGGUGAAAGCAAAUCCUAUAAUCAAACCAACAGCUUGACUUUGUCUUUAUCCCUUUUCCUAUUGCGCUUGUCUGCUCUUUCCUGUUCACUGAGAUAGUCCUCUUGCCUGUCUCUUAGUUUUGAGAAGAGCAUUCUGAGCUGACCAGGGUAGCUGGUCCAGAAAUUAUUUUUAUUGGCAGUAUUAUAACUCUGGUGCCAAGGAUAUUUAAAACAAAAUAACUGGCAUAAGAGAGCAGAUUGAAUUGAGAAGGGCAGAAAACCCCUGUUUUCCUAUUUCUGCCCAGGUAGUGCCAAUCAAUGAGAGGCCACAAGCAAUACUCCUUUGAAAGGAGCAGAGAGCAUCUCUUUGAUACUCUCCAUGGAGGGGCUGGGGUGUCAGGCUGCUGCAGCCCGAAGGCGGGGGUAGCAGGGAGGGUGAACUAUGGAGAUGAGCUUAUUGCACAGAGCUCUACUUGUUAUAGAUCUUGUCCAGAUGGGCCAACUGCACAAAUCUGCCCUGUUGGAAGUCUCAAGAACAAUGCCCUGGAGACAGCUACAGCACUGAGCAAUAGAGCCUGCCCAACUGGGACUCAGAUCAGGGCAUCAGCUGGUGCUGGGAGCCAAAGAAGCCAAAGUACCAACCAACAUAAUAACCCACAGGAGCACACAAAGCUAGUCAGAGGCAAUGCCAGGUGGAAGGUGUUAAUUCCUCCCCAUCAGAACCCCCAAGAAGGGAAGGGAGAUGCAUGGUGUCAGAAUCAGGUGCAAAUGACUUUAAUUUUCCUCACCCUUUCAACAUAUGUACAGGGGCUGGGAAAUACUGGAUCUCCCUAGGAGCAUCUGUCACCUAGCAAUCUCUCAAUCAUAGAAUAAAAAUUGGACCCUUCUUACCACAGUGAAUCGGCAGGAGGUCACAGGAGGCUCACUUGGAGGUUACUUCCAUUCAUCAUCAUUCUUAUAGUACUUACCCCUCCGGAGGCCACACUACCUUCUGCCUAGAUCACAUCUGAAGUGAUGCUGAGAUUUAAAACAGCAUUUUUUAAAGGGGCAAAAAUUCCUACAUAAAUAAAGUGUUUUGGGUGUUUUCAUUAAUUCAUUUUUAAUAUUUAAUGCCAGCUGAAUAUUUUAUACAUAUAUUUUUCCAGGGAAAGUGCUUUAUUUAUUCAGUUGUUGUUAAGGCUAUCAGUGCCUCCAUCUUCCCUUCGGUUUGCUCUGCUCUCUGGAAAACCAGUGGUCUGUCAUCUUUUAUUGCCUCAUUCUACAACCACAGCCUCUUGUUCUCCCAGAAUUCACAGGCAAAGCAAAAAGAGCUUUCUAUGUGGAAGAAAGGUAGUGAAGAAAAUUUAUUCCUUUAGCUUUCUCCUAUAAGCAUUUGUCCCUACCUGUCACCAAAGAAGGGGCACACUUCUGGUUGAAAGGUUAACUUGACUCUUGAAGUUAUUUUCUCUUUUCACUGGGCCAUGCAACUAUCUCAACUUUGUCCAGAACAUAUCACCUCCUGGGAAUCUUACUGUGUGUUCCCACUUGCCUCUCUGCACUCUCAAUGGAAUAUUAUUAUCUUAUCAUUUCUUGCUAUCAAAAUAUUAAAUUUGAUUUCACUAUGUUAGGAUUAAUGGUCUUCCUAGGCUAUGCUGCUAAUGAAAGACAAAUCAACCAAGCAUGGGAACCACCAGGGAAUUAGGAAGCCAGGUACCAUUAUCAUCUGCUCAAUGGAGGAAAUGUAGAAUAAGCUCUUUGACGGCAAGAACUGUAUCUUAUACAACUUUAUUUUUAUUUUUUUAUUUUAUUUUUUUGGUAAAGACAGGGUCUCACUAUGUUGCCCAGGCUGGUCUUGAACUCCUGAGCUCAAGGGAUCCUUCCACCUUGGCCUUCCAAAGUGCUGGGAUUACAUGGGUGAGCCACCAUGCCUGACCAUUAUACAACUUUUUAUCUCACAUAGCUCCUGGUACCUAGCAACACUCAGUAUGUACCAGUAUGUACAUGUAGAAUGUACAUGUAGUGUGACUUCCCAUUCGGUUUACUGUAUACCACAUACAUUCUCUUUCUGUGAACUUAUUGGUCACAGAAAAAAUAGACCUAGAAGAGAUUUUAUAAAAUUGGAUAGAGUUCACACACACACACAUGCAUGCAUACAUACCACACACACAAACUGCUCUUUGGGUGUAAUAGAACCAAAGCUAAGAAGACAGCAGAACCUUGUAAAUUGUAUCCCUGAAUUAAGAAUGAUAAUGUUCUCAAGUGUACAACUUCCUAAACACACUGCACAUACUCACUUCCCAAGGGUAAAGAGGGCACUGUGCAUGCAGGCAGCCCACCCUAAGGGAAGAAACUUGGGAAAGCGACGCAAGACACCGGAGGUAGGCCAGCCUAUAAAGUCCUAGGAUCAUGGUUAAACGGGGCACUUGUUCUUCAAAUGACCCACUUGGAUCUCUUCGAAGUGCGCUUUCCUUUCUUUCCUGCUCUAAAGCUUUUUAAUAAACUUCCACUCGUGCUCUGAAAAGAAAAAUAAUGUUCUGAUUAAACAUUAGUAAUAUUCCAAAUCUGAAGACUAGUAUCAAGCUAUAUUUCAAAAACCAAUCACCCGAUAAAAGCCCUGGCAGUGACAAGUGAGGAUAAUAGCACGGAUUUUGGCCUCUGCAUGCUGCACACAUUGUUCUCACUGGAAAGCCAGUCAUCUCUGAGCAGAUAGCAAUUAAACUGGUCUUCUCAGCUCAUGCUCUUCGCUACAUGAUGAUACUUCACAACGAGGAUAAUGCAUAUAGUCUAUGAACUUGGGCUGGUGGUAUCAGAACAGCUUGUUAGGAAAUCCUAGAAAGGCAUCUGAGCCAGGGACUUUCUCCUUCACAGAGCAUUCUCUUCAUGGAAGGAUGAUGAAGUAAAUCUUAUGUCAGGGAGCCACCUGAAGAAGUCACAUGAGAACUCAGCUAUUGUCACUCUGCGUGUGUAGCUCUGUUUUUCUCAGUCUCUGCUUUUACCAUGAGGCUUUCUACAAAUAUCCUGGUUGCACUAUACCAUAUGGGGCAUUACCAAGGAAGCACAUGCUCUCACUAUCAAUUUUAUGGAAUAGGGCAAAUUCUUACCAUCAUCUAAAUUCAGGGAACAUUUAGCCUUACAGAGCUGGGUCGAGAAAAAUACACACAUAUUCUCUAUUUUAAUAGCUUCUAUUCAUGACAGUGUAGUGAUUACUGGUGGCUUUGGUACCAGACAGAGCCUGGGUUUGAAUUACAAUUCCAGCACUUACUAGAUACGGGUUCUUGGACAAAUGACUUCACCUCCCUCAGUCUCAGUUUCCUCCUCUAAAGGGACACUUGAAGGCUCUGAAAUAUCCAGCAUGCAGUAACUAUGUGGCCUUCAGCAAAUCAUCAAAUUUU